AUGUUUAGACUAUCAAAAAGACUCCUAACAACUCAACCGGCAGCAAAUAUUGAGCUAACGACUUUAAAUAAUGGUCUAAGAUUGGUAACUGAUUCAACCCCUGGUCACUUCAGUGCUUUAGGUGCUUAUAUCGAUGCCGGGGCUCGAUAUGAAGAUUCAAAUAAACAAGGAUUAAGUCAUAUUCAUGAUAGAUUAUCAUUCAAGUCAACUGAGAAAUAUACUGGUCAACAAAUGUUGGAGAACCUAUCGAAAUUAGGUGGAAAUUAUAUGUCAUCAUCUCAAAGAGAAUCUAUAAUAUAUCAAAGUUCAGUUUUUAAUAAAGAUUUUGAAAAAAUGACAGAUUUAUUAACUCAAGCUAUAAGAUAUCCUAAAAUUACUGAUCAAGAAUUUAUUGAAAGUUUACAAACUUGCGAUUAUGAAGUUCAAGAAUUAAUUUAUAAACAUGAUGUAAAUUUACCUGAAAAAUUACAUGCUGUUGCCUACAGUAAUACAUUGGGAAAUUCAUUAUUUAUACCAAAGGAAAGAAUACCAUUAGUAGAAAAGGCUGAUGUUUUAAAUUAUCAUAAGAAAUUCUUUCAACCUCAAAAUGUUGUUAUAGCCAUGGUUGGUGUACCUCAUGAUUAUGCACUAAAAUUGAUAGAGUCUCAUUUUAACGAUUGGAAGAAUGCAAGUGACAAAUCUGGCUUAGGCAAGGUCAAUUAUAAAGGUGGUGAAAUUUGCCUUCCUCAUGUUCCUCCAUUAUAUUCAAAUUUACCAGACUUAUACCAUAUUCAAAUUGGAUUUGAAACGACAGGUUUAUUGAAUGACGAUUUAUAUUCAUUAGCUACAUUACAAAAAUUAUUAGGUGGUGGUUCAUCAUUUUCUGCAGGUGGUCCAGGUAAAGGAAUGUUUUCUAGAUUGUACACUCAAGUUUUGAAUAAACAUCCAUUUGUUGAAAAUUGUAUGUGUUUCAAUCAUUCAUAUAUAGAUUCAGGUUUAUUUGGAAUAACUUUAAGUUUAGUACCUGAAGCUGGACAAAUUUCAUCUCAGAUUAUUUGUGAUGAAUUGGCAAAAAUCUUAGAUAAUAAAUAUGGAAUUAAAGAAAAUGAGUUUAAAAGAGCUAAAAAUCAAUUAAUAAGUAGUUUAUUAAUGAAUGUUGAAAGUAGAUUAGCUAGAUUAGAAGAUUUAGGAAGACAAAUUCAAGUACAAGGAAAGAUAACUACUAUAGAUGAAAUGGUUAAAAAAAUUGAAAAUUUAUCAAUAAAAGAUGUUACAAAUGUUGCUGAAAAAGUACUUACAGGUAAUGUUGUAACUAAAGGUAAUUCAUCAGGAUUACCAUCUGUCGCAAUGCAAGGUGAUAGAGAAGUAUUUGGUGAUGUUGAAUAUAUAAUGAGAAGAUAUGGUUUGGGGAAAUUUGAAGGAGAAUUGAAUGAACCAAGAGAUUUCAAAUUGUAA